UUUUGAGUGGCUGAAUCACUGCUCGCCCAGGUGGCAUUAAAUGAUGCAAGAGCUGGUAAUGAUAUGGCUGCCACUGUGGAGUUUAAAAGGGGGCAGCUCUUGCUACAAGUUGUGGUUUGGGGGAUUUUGGUAGUGGUAUUGUUGGAAAAGAGGCUAAGUCAAUAAGUUCUUCAGCAAUAGGUCCCCUAAUCUCUGGAAGACAAGAUCCAUUUGAAGUAGUUUCCAGUAGAUGAAGUUCUUCUCUGUUGUUCUUACUUCAGACAAAGAUAUGAAUUUCUAGCUCUGGCUCUCACAAGGUCAUCAUUGCAGAAACUGCUUAGGUUCUUACCAGGGAUUGAUGUUAGAAUGUCUGAACGUGGGAAGAAAACCACAAAGCUCCUCCUUGUGCCAAAGAAAACCAAAUCAGCCAAGGCUGAUCUGCAGUUCCCUGUGGGUCGUGUCUACAGGCUCCUUAAAAGAGGGAACUAUGCUGACAGGAUCAGUCCUGGCGCUGCCAUCUACCUGGCUGCGGUGCUGGAGUACCUGAGCGCGGAGAUCCUGGAGCUGGCGGGGAAUGCUGCACGGGAAAACAAGAAAGCCAGGAUCCUGCCCAGGCACAUCCAGCUGGCCGUGAGAAAUGAUGAUGAGCUGAACAAGCUCUUCUCCUCUGUGACCAUUGCUCAAGGGGGGGUGUUACCUAAUGUCCUUCCCGAGCUUGUUCCUAAGAAGACCAUCUCGCUUAAACCACCCCACAAAUACGUCCAGUCCCAGGAGUUCUAGCUGCUACCAGGCUCCUGACCUUGUGGUGGUGUUAAUGCUGGCUUCCUCCACGGCUCAGGGUGUUUCGUGCUGGUUGGCAUUUUUAGUCUAAAUUUGCGUGUGUGUCUACCUGUGUGCAUGUCUGAAAAGCUGCUAAAGACAGGGUUGCUAGUUAGGUUUCCCUAGCUAUGUCCUUCAAAAGAAAAAAGUCAACGGACUACUUCUGUGAAUAAAUAAGUGUGCAAAAGG